AUGCUUUGGAAGAUUUUGCUGCUGCUGAUGCUCUAUUACAGUACUUAUGCCACUGUGACUCACAGAUGGAGCAGAGCUAUCCUUUUCCCAGCUGCUCAGCGAUUGAAGAGGUCCCCAGCAGCCUUCCUCAACCCAGUGCUACAGAACUCACUGGAAGACGUGAUCCUGCUUUACGAGUUUCUUUUAGCUGAGCUUGACAUUGACAAAGGUCAGAGGAUCUCCAUCAAAGAUGAGGAGCUUGCUUCACUGCGGAAAGCUGCUGAGUUUGACACCAUCUGCAAUGACAUUAUCCCCAAGAGCAUUACAGAGAUCCGCAGACUGAGCAGUAGGUUGUCUUCAUACCCAAGGGUCCUCAAGAAAGAAGACUUUGAAAGGACGGUACUGACCAUGGUCUACACUGCUUAUAGGGCUGCUCAGUCUCAGGGGCAUCAAAAAGACAUUUGGGCUGAAUCCUUUGUUAAUCUUUACAAAGCCCUGAAGCACGACUUGAUGUUUCCACACAACAAAGAGCCGUCAUAGUGGAACAUGAUGCAAGGGCAAGUCAGCCAGCUCUUCUGAUUAAUGUGGGACACAUGUAGCACCUCCAACACUUUUUUUCCUGUAAAGUUUAAUAACCUGCUUCAUGGAAGAUUAUUUGUUUUCUAGCUCCCUCUUGUGGAAUCCACUUCAUAGUUUCAUGUUAAACAGAAAAACAUUAAUCUUCAGACCUUGGAAUACAAUUUUUGUGCUGCCUCAGAGACACAUUCUCUAACAUGCAAAGAAGGGAGUCUGGUGUACAUCUCAGACAGACACACCUCUGUUUCAUCCUGUGUGUUUCACAUAAGCAAUGCAUAAGUGUCCUAUGCUUAUGCUCACAUACCUAUGGAUAUAUGAUGGAGAGUGUUGCUUUCAUACAUGGAGAAAGAAGUGCACAAUUUGUCUGCCCUGUAAAAUUAUUAUAAAAACAUGCAAAGGCUUCUUUUGAAAGAAAGAAGUCUCAUAAUUGCUAGCCUUCAGAAAUUAUGCCACAUAUUAUUCAUUUCAAGUAUUCUUGGGAAUAAGCACUGUCUGAUUCACUUAAUUUUGCUGGGCUAAUUUUUCAAUGUAAUAACAUUCCCAGAAGACUAAGGGUAUUGUGGACACUAGCAGCAAACAGUGCCUGUGAACAUACUCCCUCCUUCCUGGAGCUGCCCUCUCAAAUAGUCUGCCGUAACUCUUUCAUUUUAUUUUCACACAACUUUGUUUCUUCUCCUUGUUUUUUGAAGGGAAUAUGGAUUUGUUCUCAGAAAAAUCAAAGGCAAGACAAAUGCCCUGUUUAAUGAUGAUACAUUUUUCCUAGUUCUAUCACUUGAACAUAGACCAUAUAAACCCCUGAUUCAAAAUCCCCCUGAGGUAAGGGAGGAAGAUGCAUUAAAGCAUACUUUUUGCCAAAUUCAGCAAUGUGGCUCAUUUUUGAUGGUAGAUUUUGAAUUCACUUUUGUAUAGGGUGGGGCGUGUGUGUGUGUGUAUGUAUGUUCACACAUGUGUGUGUGCACAAGUUCUGAGUACUUGGAAGAAUCCUAAAUCGCUCAGUCAGGGAUCAAUCUCAUUGAACCACUUAUCAGAAAAGGACAUUCACCAAUGCAAUGGCAGGACUUAUUAAUUUGGGAGCAGUAGAAAAUCAGUACUUGUUUUAUAGGAAAAUUUGUUUAUAGAAACAGUGCAACCAAGUAUCAUAAACUGCAAAAAAUCAUGGAGAGAAAAUGGACAAGAAAAGGAGAUACAUCUUUUUAGACAGAUGACUAUCAAUAAAAAUCCAAACUUUUCCAAAGCAAAUCUCAUAAUUUUUGUGAACAAGUUAUACAAACUUUCUUUCUGUAUUAAUAUUAGAGAUUCGUCUACUUCCAGAGCACAGGAAAAUAGAUGAACAUUUAUUUCAUCCUUAUUACAUACCAGCACACUCUAUCUCUGUAUUUGUGAGGUACCUUAAGGAUACAGGCCCAAAUCACAAGUCCCUGUGGCUAUAAAUAGGAAUUGAGAAUUCUAGCUCUAGUUCUGCAUCAUUUUUAACUGCAUUUGCAUCAGUUGAGCAAAAUGAAUGAACUCUUCUCUGUCCCUUAACAGGGAUACUUCAAAGACUGGAGCUGAAAAAGAAUCCAUCCAGCAUUACCUUGUUGCAGCAAGCAGCAAAUAGUGUAAGCAAUAACGAGUAAGCAUUACCGUGGGAAUGUGAAACUGUAACAACCUUAAUGGGCAAUGCUAGCAACGCUAUAAGCAGCUGGGCAAAGAGCUUACAAAAGACAGAUUGAGAGAUGUUCUCCCCAGCAGAUUCCUUACACGUAUAUAUGAGUGUGCAGGUUUGCAUUUAGACAGAUAUAUGUGCAGGUGCGCUUUUAUAGCUGAAGACCUUUGUCGGUCAUCUCCAAAACCCUGUCUGGCAUAUGACAAAGGAAUCCAAAAAUCCCAACCACAAAGAUAUGAUCCACAAGUACCUCCAUCUCCCCUGCACACACAGCUCAGCACCCACAAAGCAGCCUUGCACUACAGUCCACAAGCCCUUGAAGCCUUCAGUAUAAACAGUAAUCUGUUUGUAUUUUCUUACAUCACACUUCAUAAACACUUGAAGGGAAAAUUCUAUGGAGUGCACUCUUGUCUUUCCAGCUUUGCUUCUUGUCUCAUGGCAGCACCACUUGCCAGAAAAGCCUGGAACCAGGGUAAUCAUAAAUCCCUUAUGAACUCCAAGUCUGCAAAGAGUCCAACAGCAAGUAUUAAUGGCUAACAGUUACAAUCCAGAGAAAUACCUCCCGGUCGCUUUCCUCACCCCCACAGUAGGACUGUCCAGUAAGUAUCCCACAAAAAAGGAUUACAGAUAGUAUUGAAUAUCCAGUCACUCUCUCUAGCAUACAUAUCUUACCAUACCUUACAAACUGGUAACUAAAAUAUUUAUCUCCUCAAUAUCAUUUUUUUCCUGAGCUUGUUUCCCUCCACUCAUUACUGUGUGUAGUGUGGGAAAAGGAUGUAUUCCUUUGGAAUGUGCUUGGAAUGCCCAGGUUAAUUUAACAGAGACUAUUAAUGAAAUAAUAAAAAUACUCUACA